GCGGGCUCCCUCCUUGUCACUCCGCGGCGUGCGGGUUGGUGGCUCGUCGGUGGCGGUGGCGGCGGUCGUCAGCACCAUGAGCAGCUUCACCAGCGAGGAGCGCGCGGCGCCUUUCACCCUCGAGUACCGCGUCUUCCUCAAAAAUGAAAAAGGACAGUAUGUAUCUCCAUUUCAUGAUAUUCCGAUUUAUGCAGAUAAGGUAAGGUACCCCUGUUUUGAACCUCAUUGUGUUAUUGCUACAAAGGACCCUCUGAAUCCAAUUAAGCAAGAUGUGAAAAAGGGCAAACUCCGUUAUGUUGCAAAUCUGUUCCCUUAUAAAGGGUAUAUCUGGAACUAUGGUGCCAUCCCUCAGACUUGGGAAGACCCAGGACACAGUGACAAACAUACUGGCUGUAGUGGUGACAAUGACCCAAUUGAUGUUUGUGAAAUUGGAAGCAAGGUGUGUGCAAGAGGCGAGAUCAUCCGGGUGAAAGUCCUGGGCAUCCUGGCUAUGAUUGACGAAGGGGAGACUGACUGGAAAGUCAUUGCCAUUAGUGUGGAUGAUCCUGAUGCAGCCAACUACAAUGAUUUGGCUGAACAGUUUGUGUAA